AUGGCGAAAAAGAGAAAGGCACCUUCCGCUGGUGCAUCCAGAGACGAUGUCGCAGAUGACUCCAACAAGCGCACAAAGAUGCGCAUCAAGACGUACGAAGAUGUGGCGGGUUCCGACGACGAGUUCCACAUCAACCGCGACAAGGUCAUGCUCGACGAUGGACCCGAGGCAAAGAGGAGGAGAAAGGUGCAGGAAGAGGGUGAGACGGCAUAUACGUCUGCGCAGAGACCGAUCAGGUGCUAA